CCCCGUGCUGCAGGUGGGCGGUGCUGGGCCUUCCCUCAGCGGUGAGGCCGCGGCGCUGCUGGGGCGGUUUGAGUAGGGAGUGUGGCCGGUCGUGCCGUGUCCGGGUUCGCUGAGCUCUCCCACAUACCCGUCUCAGCCCGGGCGAUGGCUUCAGGAACAGCCCUGAUUUACGAUGAGGCAAUGACCAGGCAUAAGCUGCUUUGGAACGACCCUGUUUGUGAUAUCGAAGUGCCAGAAAGACUGUCAGCCUCCUAUGAGCAGCUUCAGCGUUACCAUCUUGUGGAAAGAUGUGUCCCUGUGCCUGCUAGAGAAGGAAGCGAGGAGGAAAUCCUCUUAGUUCACAGUUCAGAACACUUGGAAGUUGCCAAAAGCACACAGACAAUGAAUGAGGAGGAGCUGAAAAGAAUCUCUGGAAAUUAUGAUGCUUUUUUCUUUCAUCCGAACACUUACCACUGUGCCAGACUAGCUGUAGGAGCAGCUUUGCAACUAGUGGACUCUGUGAUGUCAGGAAAAGUAUGCAAUGGAAUGGCAUUAGUAAGACCUCCAGGUCACCACAGUCAGAGAAACGCAGCUAAUGGGUUCUGUUUGUUCAACAACGUUGCUAUUGCAGCAGAAUAUGCAAAACUGAAGUAUGGUCUAAAGAGAAUCCUAAUUGUUGACUGGGAUGUGCACCAUGGACAAGGAAUUCAGUAUAUAUUUGAAGAAGAUCCAAGUGUUUUGUAUUUUUCCUGGCAUCGCUAUGAACACCAGAAAUUCUGGCCAUCACUCAAAGAAUCUGAUUAUGAUGCUGUGGGUUUGGGAAAGGGAAAAGGUUUUAAUAUAAAUUUGCCUUGGAAUAAGGUUGGAAUGGGAAAUUCAGAUUAUCUUGCUGCGUUCUUUCAUGUGUUGCUUCCAGUGGCUUUUGAGUUUGAUCCUGAACUGGUUCUUGUCUCCUCUGGAUACGAUUCAGGAAUUGGAGACCCUGAGGGGCAGAUGAAUGCCACUCCUGAAGUCUUUGCCCACCUUACCCAUUUCCUGAUGCACUUAGCUCACGGGAAGCUGUGUGUCAUCCUGGAGGGUGGCUACCAUUUGAAGUCCUUGUCUGAAUCAGUCUGCACGACUGUAAAAACUCUGCUAAGAGAUCCUGUGCCUCAGUUAACUGGAGAAAUGGCACCUUGCCUAAGUGCUAUAGAAUCUAUUCAGAAUGUGAGAGCAGCACAUAAACCCUACUGGAAAUGGUUGAUGUAUGAAGACACACCGUUUCUGUACAAUUUGAGCACCAAAUCAGACUUACCAGGCACUGCUGAUACAAAUCCCUCUACAGAUGAUGAAGCCAAAAUAACUGACAGCAAAGAAACUGACAAAAUAGAAAGAUUUUUGGAAUCGCACAUGAAAAAUGUUAUAUUUCCAGAUCCUCCCAUCAAAACAGCAAUAACAGCUGGGUUGAAAGCUUCAGCAGACCUAAACACCUUCCCCGUACACCUUCAUGUUGUGGAGGAAAUGGACAAAAAUGAAGUAAAAGCUCUUGUCAGUGAUUUUCAUCCGGACCUUGUGAAAGCAAACAAAACUUUGCUCUCUCUUGGCAGUACGUUGACCAUCCUAGAUAAAAUACUUAAGAAAGAGGUAUGCAAUGGAAUCGCAGAAUCACCUGCAGCUUCUGCUUCUGUUGCUGUUGCACUGAGGCGUUCUCUUCAUUUUGGAUUUCAAAGAAUGCUUUGCAUCUUUGUUGGAGACAUGCAUAUCAUUCCGAACACAGAAGAUGGAAAAGUACUUGUCAUACAUGUUUGCAAGAACGAACAGCCUGGAAAGAGCAGCUCUAAACACUAUAUUGUACUAAACUGGAAAGAGGAUGCUGACAGGAAUGACUUCUAUUCUGCUGUACUUGGAUUCAUUCUUCCCAUAGCAUAUAGUUACCAACCCAACUUGAUAGUAAUAGCUAUUGGACCAAACAGGAGCCUUGGAAUAAGUGGGAUUUCUCUCCUUUUUGGUUUGCUGCAAGGACUUGCAGAAUCUCGAAUACUUGCAGUGAUCGAGGACACAGACAUAAAUCUAAUGCAAAGUGUAGCCAAAACACUUGCAGGUGCUUCUAUGCCUCACUUUGGAGUUCAUGUGCCUCCUACCCAAGAAAAAGUAAAUCAAAUAAAAAUGUUAAGAAAGCAGCUUCAGCAGGACUGGAAAAUGCUUCAGUGCUCAGUGAACGAUGGAAUUUAAAGGAACUGCUCUGCUGUCACUGUGCCUUCAACACGUAACCUUUCACUUUGAAACAAUUACACGUAUCCAUCAGACCGUAUUCCUCCUGCUGUUGGUAUCGGGGUCAACUACACACGCUCUGAGGAACUAAAUCACUCCUCAUAGUCCUGUUUUUAGGACUGUUUUCGGACAACUCCGUGCCCAAGGUGUUCUCUUCCCAGGGAGGAUCCAACUCGUUCUGUUUUGCUGCCCUCAGCGAGCCAUGAGAUGUAGAUUGCAUUUAUUAAGACAUGACUAAGAAGGCGAAACUGUAUUCUCAAUAAAAGAACUAAGCAAGUACUGUCACAA